CGUACUCCGUAGCCACUAACUUAACGUACUCUAGCCACUAACUCUAGCCACUAACUCUACAGUAGCCACUAACUUACCCACUAACUCUAGCCACUAACUUACCCACUAACUCUAGCCACUAACGUACUCUAGCCACUCUAACCACUAACUUUCUCCUUCGCCCUGAGACUUCCGACCAACCCUCAAACACCCAAACACCACACCACACCACAAACGCCAAACAACCUUGUUUCUUGUUUCGACUUCGUUUCUCACUGUUUCGACUUGCCAAGUCCGAUCGAGCUCAGCAUCCUUCAUCUGAACUUCUUCUUCGACGACGACGACGACGACGGCGACGACGACGACGCUGGAACGGACCUGGAUGGAGCUACCUGGAGCUACCCCCUCCAUCACCACCACCACUGAUCCAUCCACAACCACAACCACCCAGCCACCAUGGAGCAAACCAAAGCCCUGAACGCUCUCGAGCCCUUCCUCGCCCUCUCCAAAUCCGCCACCUCCCCCACCGCCGCAAUCGACCUCAUCCAGCGCGCCACCUCUGCCCCAAACACCUUCAUCUUCUCGCCCCUCCUCUCCACGCCCCCCAUCCAAGCCCUCCGCUCCUCCCCCGCCACGGCCCCGCACUUCCAGCUCCUCACCCAUUUUUGUUAUGGCACCUACAACGACUAUACUUCUUCCGCGGAUACGCUGCCGCCUUUGACGCCGGUCCAGGUGCAGAAGUUGCGUCAGCUCUCGCUGCUUACGCAUGCGCGCGAUCCGAAGAAUCUGGCCUAUGCCAGGUUGAUCGAGCUCCUGGGAUUCAGUGAUGCACGCGAGCUGGAGACUCUUGUUACGACUGCUAUCUAUGAAGGGCUGUUGAGCGCUACGCUGAAUCCGCAUGAUGGGCUCGUAGCAGUGUCAUCUGUAGCACCGCUGCGGGAUGUCGAGCCGGCACAGAUACCAGUGUUGAUCGACACGCUGGAGGAGUGGGCAGGGCGGUGCAGCGCCGCACUGGAGGGCCUAGAGAAACAAGUUGCGAGCAUCAAGGCUGGGGCGUUGAGGAGGCAUAAGGAAGAGGUUGAGUGGGAGGGAUAUGUAGGGGGGUUGGUCGAGAAGGGGGAUGAGGCUGGUGAGGCGAAGGGAGAGAGGCCCCAUGGGAGGAGGGUUGGGAGGGGCGGUAAGGCGCCCCGUGCGAAGAGGGGGUUUAUGGGGUUUGGGGAGGGGAGUGGGAGGGCGAGGGGGGGAGAUAUGGAUGUUGAUAUGGAGGAUGAGGAUUGGGAGUUGAGAGAGGGAGCGGGCUCGAGGUCGCAGAAGAAGAGGGGACGGGGGAGAGGGGGGAUGCUUGGUCGCUAG